AUAGUACAGCCUUUAAGUGAUAUGGUUUGCUGUGUGAUAUAAAACCAGUGUCACGAUUAGCCAAGGCCGCAAAUCGGGAAGCCUGACUUGAGAAAAUAAAGGCGAUGGAAAAGUUCCUCAUUUUAAAGCUGACUUUAUUGUCAGUUCUUCAGUUGAAAGUAUUAUGUUCAAGCCUUGACGAAAGCAAACUUCUUAACGCGAAGCUUUUAAAGUAUGAUAAGCGAGUGAUACCAAAAGAAAACAAGGAUACUCCUAUAUCGGUCAAAAUUGGCUUCCAGAUGCGAUACAUUUCAAGUUUGGAUGAGGAAACUAAUACGCUCAACGUGGAAGGCUGGUUGCUAAUGAAAUGGAAGGACGCUGAUCUUCAAUGGGACCCAGAAGAAUUCGGUGGUGUAAAAGAACUUUAUAUAGACAGUAGCGACAUCUGGACCCCUGAUAUCGCCUUAUAUGAAAGCUCCUCGGCAGAUAAUUUUUUUCCUCGCGCUCAAGUGAAAUUAAUUGCGCGAAACACGGGAGAGGUAUUGUGGGUUCCGCCUGUAAGUUUUCAAACCAUCUGUCCACUUGUGCCGAACAGCUACGAGCAACGUUGUAAUUUGACCUUAGGGUCCUGGGUACGAAGCAUCAGAGACAUAGAUGUCCAUCCAGAUCCUGAUACCGAUCCGGAUGGAGAAUCGUUUGUUCGCGUUCACCAAAAGUGGGAGCUGAUUGACGUCAACAUUAUUCGGAAGGAUGCCAUUUACAGCUGCUGUCCUGAGAAUUAUCCAGCAAUAGUCCAUACUCUUCACUUCAAGCUUCGUGAAGCAAGAGGACAGAGGUCUCCCCAGGUCGCAGUAUAUUGUAAUCACUGAGUUGUUUAAUGAACCUACUAAUAUGGUCCACCGGAUUAUGGACAGUUAAAGUAUGUUUCAGAAUUUUUGUUAAAUUUUCUUUGCUCUCGUUUAUAUAAACCGUUCUGUUAGAAUCAGUCUGUUUAAACCUUACACACAUGCUAUUUUAGAUUCAUUGUGGCAAUUUCUAUUAAACUAUAAAGUUUUUACUGCUGAAGCUCAACAGUGAUUAUCGUGGUUUAAUGCAUUUUCAUAGCUCUGGAAUGUUAUGUGAAAUCUAGAAUAAAAGAAUUCAUUGAAUAUUUUUCGUUUUAGUUAA